CCAUGGAUGGAGUGUUGGAAGGGGCGGCGGUGUUGUGUGUGUGUAAACUGGCCUGCAGUCUCUUCUUCCUGCCCUCGUUGGCGGCCUCUCACAGUCCCGUCAGUUUCUGCUGCUGCUGCCUCCUGAUCUUUACCGACUUCCUGGUCACAGUUUUUCUGAGUGUUCUUUGCAUCUUUGAGUCCUGGCUGACUAAGCUGAGCCCAUUCGGUGACAUCAUUGCCCUGCGCUUCCUGCUCUUUCUCAGCCACACAUAUGGUGUGGUGUUGCUCCUGACCACACCUCUGAUCGCUGUAGAGACUCUGACCAGGCUGCUGUGGUCUCGCUCUGUUGUCACACACAAGACAGUGACGGACUCUGAUGGACAGCAUUGUUAUGUUGGGGAGGUUGCAGUGGAAGAAGAGCAGGAGGACAGCGAUAACCCAGACAAAGACACAGAAAAGAGGUUGUCUCAUGUUGCCAGUUACCUCUGCUGUUUGUCUGUGUGGGUCGUCGUGGCCCUGAAUGUCAGGUGGCGAUGGAAGCUGGAGGAAGUGUGGGCUGCUGCCUGUUUGCACACAACCAACUCCCUCAUCAGAUGUUUGCCCAACCUGUUCAGCCCCGUAUCCAGCACUGUGAAUCCCUGCUGGGUCAUGGCCUUCCUCUCCCUCCUCCUGCUCCUCCUAACCACGAGCACGGGCCUGCUCAGGCAACAGGGGGCCCCGGCACGGAUGUCAAGAACACAGAAAGAGAAACAUGGAGUUAACAAUAACAGCAACAGUUGCUGGCAAGACCUCGAACCAGCGCUGCCUGUACCCUCCAAGCCUGUGAACCCUGAGAUGUCGGUAUCAGAGGCAGCACAGUGUGUUGACCCAGAGAAAACAGAGAGCAGCUGCACUGUUCACAGAGCGUGUUCCCGGAACAGCGUGCAGAUGUCGGCGCAUCUCCAUGGAGACUUUGUCCUCAUCUCCCCCAAGUGUUUGUCUGCAGGACAGGAGCACGAAAGGACAAAGAGAGGUAUACCUCUGACAUUUAUCAUCGAGGACCAUGUGGACUCACAAUACAGGAACCAGGGUGGGUGGCGACAGUGGGGUUUUCCCUGCCUGGGGGUGAAUGUAAUAAUAGGGUUCGUGGGUGUGCUCUUCACCUUUGUGUUACCUCUAAACCUCAGUGUGAACAUUCUUCUGAUCAGGACUAUAGAGACUCUGUUGGAGCUGUGUAUCAAAUCUUUAGUUUCAUCUGCAGCAAACACAAACAAGAUAUCCACCUCUCACAGUGGAACGCUUGUAUAAAACCAGACUGGUGGGAAGCAAAAGUGGACGCUGAUUAAAGACUAUUUGCAACAUGAUCACCAGAUUAAUAUUGCAUGUGUGCAGACAGCAGGUCUACCUGUCAACGUUGGUUUGAAUAGGGGGUAAAUAAGCAUUUUGGAGCAGCUUGCAUAUGAGGACUAAUAUGUAGAAACUGCAGAAAGGUGCUGAGGAGGCAGGUUGAGGCGUGCUUGGUGGGAAGACACUAAACCUGACUGAAACAGGCGGCUGGAAGGCCUGCUUUUAUUGCACAGAGCCUUAAGCUCUGCAACGAUUUGUCAUUACACAAUGGGUUAUAGAAUGAGCCUCUCCAGUUUAAAUAAGACUAAUCCAGGGGCAAACAGUGUUUUAGGAGUAGUAAUAUGAAGUGUGCUGAUGCUGACAUAAACCCUGCAUACAGCAAUGUAUAAAUAAAUACUGAGUAACUUGAGGGUGUGUCACAGUUAGUUUUUCUUCUUCGUAGUUUUGUCUUUAUUCUGAAGUCAGCUGGUUUCAAGGGAUUGUACCACUCCUCAGAGGUGAAUGUUAACUAAGUACAUUUAGUCAAGUAUUGUGCUUAAGUCAGAUUUUGAGGUACUUGUUCUUUACUUAAGUAUUUCCAUUUUAUGCUAGUUACUUUUAAGAUUCUACAUUUGUUUCCAACAUUUUUGGCUUGUAACAAAAAAGCAGCCUCUGGUUGGGACCCCUG